GAGGGGAAACUUUAACACAGAUUUGUAUUCUUAUUGUAUAAUGUCAUGGAAAUUUGCCGAAAAGUCAUGGAGAGGUAUUGGUUAAAAUACGUAUGAACCCUGAACAUUACCACAAAUGACAAAAAUUUCCAAGUAGGAAAACAAAGAAAACGUGUAUAACAACAGAAAAUGACAUGAACAUACACACACACACAAGGUCUUGGAGACGUAUAUCCCUGAGAUAAGUAUUGCACUGGAUUUAAUGUAGCUGGUUUAACAAUAGGAUAGAUUGAUGUAUGAAAGAGUUUUUAAGUCUGAUGCGAUUACAAGAAUGAACUCUAAAGCGUCUGUUUGAAGGCAGAAGCUGAUAUUCACUGUGCAAAUGAGCUCCAGCUCAACCAACUACAACAGUAAAUCCUGCUUUUACAUGAAUGCAUGAGUAGUAAUAAUAAUCAAAUUAUAUAAUGUCAACAUCACGGAAUGUGUAUUUUCUUUUUUUCCGUUACCUAACGUUAUUGGUGAGUGUGGACGACUGAAUAGGACUAAGCCGGCUCUGAUAGGACGCAGGACCGUAGUAAGUAUGCGUGCUUUUAUUUUGAAGAGCAUGAACUGGGAAGAGGAAGACGGAAUCCGUGUUGUGAGUGGCUCGAGUUUUUCUUUUCACCAUAGCGACAAUAUUGUAGCAGCAAAUGCUUAUUGCGUUGUUAUACAAUUUUAGAACUGUAGCUAAAUGUGUUAAGUUAGCUGAAAUAUUAACUUGUCAGAAUGUCAGACUUUGAGGCGCAGGUAGGCUCCAUUGUGGAGAUAAUGGUGAAUACGGCGGUGACAGAGUUGACCAAAGUUAUCGGCGGCUCCGCAUCAACCCAUCCAGAAGUGUCAGCAUCAUGUACAACUGAAAACAUCAACGGGUCUUUGGAUGAGAAGGUGAUCCAUUUCAGCGUCUUCAUGACGUCUUUGGCUCGAGAAGCCGUGGAGAAGAUCUGCCAGCUUUUCCACGAUUGUUCCUGUCUGCUGCAGUUAGAAGCGACACAGGGCGUUGCAGAGAUCGAGGAGCUGAGGAAGAGACUGGAGGUGGCGGAGACGGAGCUGAAGCUGGUGCUGGAGGGCAGCGGAGGCCAGAAGCAAGCGGAGGAGCUGACGGAGGGAAGCAGCGGAGAGAAGGAGGGCCCGAGGCCUUCGACCGACGGAGCAGAAGGAGAGACUGUCCAGAGCCAGCGCUCAGGCAGGAAGAGUCGCAGAGUUGUGGCUAGCGGGGUUGCUAGAGUGAAGAGAUCGCCUAUAAUUCACCUGUGGAAAGUCAGAACUUAUGAGGAAAAUGUCCAACCUGUGAUAAUAAAGGAAGAAGAAUUGGAGGCAAUAGCUGACCAAGCGUCCUCUGAUUCGGGUCAGAACAGAGAUGACCUGGGCCAGAACAAUGAUGACGACCCAGACUACCAGUUGGAGCCAGAAGAUUCAGACGACGGUGACCCAGGAUUCACUACGAGACCUAAACGUGUUGUUAAGCCCAAGGCCCAUCGAGGUCGAUCAAAGAAGGAGGGCCAGAGUCAGAACCAGCAGCCUCUGAGCUGCAAACACUGCACGAAAACCUUCACCAAGCUGCUGCAGCUCAAAGCCCACCAGGCCGUCCACGGGGCGAACGCUGAGAAGGCCUUCCGCUGCUCUCAGUGUGGCAGAGGCUUUUCACUCCAGCGAAGCCUCAGUGCACACAUGCUGCUCCAUACUGGUGAGAGACCACACACCUGUGAUGUUUGUGGAAAGGGUUUCACCCUGAAGCAGCUGCUGAGGAACCACCAGCGUCUCCAUGCUGAGGUCCGGCCGUUUCGCUGCGAAGUGUGCGGAAAGAGUUUCUACCGAGCCCACGGCCUGAAAAUGCAUCAGAUGGUCCACACGGGAGAGCGGGCCUAUAACUGCAAGUUCUGCAAGAAAAGCUUCACGAUACAAGGUAACCUGCAGCGCCACCUGCGCAUUCACACGGGGGAAAAGCCGUUCAGGUGCGAGACUUGUGGCAAAAGCUUCAACCAGGCUGACACUCUGAAAGGCCAUAAGCGGAUACACAGUGGUGAGCGUCCCUUCAGCUGCGAGACCUGCGGUAAAUGUUUCAUCCAGAAGAGUGCCUUGAAGAUGCACCAGAAGAUUCACUCGGGCGAGGACCCGCUGGCGAGCGUAGCCUGCGUAGCGUGCGGCGCUACGAUGGCCUGUGUCGACUCGCUUCGCACACACCUCCAGACGCACGCGGCGACCAUUCCUUGCACGUGUGUGCUCUGCGGCCGGCGGCUCAGCUCCAUCACCGACCUGCGCUCGCACCAGCAGCACCACACGGUGGUCAGGCCUCACAGCUGCGGGCUCUGCGGGAAGAGUUUCAAGUCGUCCAGUUACCUGAAGAUUCACCUGAAGGCGCACAGCGGGGAGAAGCCCUUCUCCUGCGACAUCUGCGGCCACACAUUUACACAGCACAGCAGCCUUAAGUCCCAUCAGGCUGUCCACACAGGACAGAAACCGUUCAGCUGUGGCACAUGCGGAAAAUGCUUCAGCAACACGGGAAACCUGAACAGACACCAGCGUAUCCACACUGGGGAGAAGCCUUUCAGCUGCGACACGUGCGGACGCAGCUUCAACCAGGGCAACAGCCUGAAAGCCCAUCAGCAGAUCCACACCGGGGAGAAACAGUUUAUGUGCGACAAGUGUGGGAAGAGUUUCUCCUACCUCAGGAACUUGAAGGACCACAAGUGUUUUUAUGUCUGAAGCAAAACUCUGAUGAGACGUCAGCCCUGGUGACAGAGCAGAUGACGUUAGGCUUCCUUGUACCUGUUGAGGAAUGAAUGAGUGGAUAUAGAUAAUAAAAGAAGACUUUGCUGUGAAAAGUGGUUUUGGUGAUUAUGAAGUUGGGUUUUGCAGAUUUGAUUUGUUUUACUGUGAAGCUGGUGGGGAGAGAUGCAGUGUGGGGUUGAGAUUAGUGAACAAAUAAAUGAACAACUUUUAGAUGAAGUUAAAAAAGGCUUAGGUAAGAACCCUUUUUUUACAUUUUAAGUUUAAGGCAUUAACUUGAAUGCAGUGAGUAAUGGUUUAACCAACUUAAAGAGUGCAUUUAUUUUCUUUUUUCAUUUGAUCUCCAAUAGAUAAAUAAAAUACAACUAUGACUUUUUUGGAAACAAUGUCGCCUUGUGUGCAUUAAAGAGAAUGUGUUGACUAACAAUACCGAAACAGUUAUUUGUUCCAUCUGUAACUACUCUUAUGGAGUGUAUUUGUUAUUUGUCUAAUUUGUGAAUGUCAGUCAAACUGAUAAACAUUGAAAUCUAAAUCCA